AUGUGGGAUGUCGUCUGGACUGACCCCGAUAGAGAACUGGUGGGCGAGCACAAGGCACGGAAAGAGAAAGAGGACAUGUUCAAGAACGACGAUAAAAGUCAGCCGAGACGCCGUUCGGCAUCCACAGCCAGCUCGCGCUGGUCAACUGACUCCCCGUUUGCCAUCUUUCGUAUUAGAGGCUCAAAGAAGGCAAACGCGUCUUCUUCCAACGCGGAAAUGGCAUCUUCUGGCUCGUCGGGAGUUGCGUCACCGGCGAUGGCCUCUUCUGAUCGCUCGCCAAUGUCCAAAACGUUUGACGAGGGGAGUCGUCGAAGCUCUAGCCGCAUGUCCACCAGCUUCCUCGAGAGACUUGCCAACUUUGAAAGCCCCUUGAACACCAGUCCCUUGUUGCCCGAGAAGAGUGGCGAUGCAUGCAGAAGGCUAUUCUCAGAUAUCCCCUCCUCGCCAUCGGCUAUCAAGCGCUUCUCGAUUGGGGGCUCGACCUCUGAUGAUUUGACCGAGUCCGAGAAGAUGCGGAGUCUGGUGCAGAUAUUCCGGCGAAGUCCAUCGACAAUCGAGCCAGUUGGCAACUGCCCACUGCCGUCUGCGGGCAGCGCAGUCGCUCCUGACCGUUUGGCACCUGGAGAAAAAUCUCCAUCUCUACCUCUAUCGCCCACGAUCAGAUCAAAGAUUCGCCCAGCAGCCAUGCAGGUCUCACAAAUAGACUCCCAGCUCGCCUCAUCGAACGCCAGCACGAAAACGCGAAUCACGCCAAAUAGUCCCGAGGCUUGGAAGCCGGUAGAUGAAUGGGAGCCUCUCCCUCUUCUACGCGGAUCACCUGAGCCUUCCUCUUCCAGCUUGCUUGUUGACGCUGACUCUUUCGACCACAGUCCCGGAAUACACAAUGAUUUUCGUUUACUACACACAGCAGUUGUUAGAAUGGCAACCAAGAGUGCAGCGGAAAUCCUAGUUACGUUGGAGACGCUAUGGAAGAAUGUUGCGAAGAAAGACGUUGCCUAUCUUUUAGGCGACAGUGUUAUGGUAGAGGAUCUGCGCAGAUGGAUGCUCUCGACCAUGAUUCACAUGGACAAAGUCCCAGCCCUUGAAAAUCGAGUGUCUCCUCGUAAGGAGUGUCUCCUGACAGCUCGUAUGGUUGUGUGUCUCUACGACUCAGCAGCCACCGUUGCCUAUCUCGCUGCACUCGAACCCACGAAGCAACACGAUCACAUAUCGCUUAUGGAGACGCCGAAAGAAGAUUUGUUCAACAACGUUCGGAUAGUUUCUGUCCCUAGAAUCGCGCCUACAGAAUUUCCAAUAGCGCCUCGGAUUUAUGAAUCAGUUCAUUCGCUGACGCUGCCUUCUUUGUGUCCGUUGUCUCUGCUGCCCGGGAUGCUCAACAAUGUCUACAAGUGCUUGAAUAAGAAAGGCUUCAUUCGGUUAAUACUUAUUGAUCCGCUACCUCGAGCUGCUACCUUGGGCGCAAGGAUGAGAAUGUGGAUAGAGGAGAAUCUGCUUCGAAACCUAGCAAAACAAGGCAAAUGCAUGAGCCCCAGCACGGCAUUUCCACACCUACUCGCCCAAGCUCACCUCCGCGGGGAUGGAAGCACUCUAACAACGACAAAAUUUUACGCCGUGCCGGGUAGCGCAAUAAGCAGAGACCAAGAUGCAGCUAAAGACUCAGUGCAAACGGAGAAGGAGGCCAAGGCUCAGGUCAGAAGCCUGGUUGGGCGUAUGCUUUGGGUAGAGGUAUGGGGUUCGUAUGUGACUUGUAACAAAUGGUGGUGGGAUGACCCGGAAUGCGUCGCCGAGUGUCUCGAGCUGGGUACACUAUGGGAAUAUCAUGCCGUCAAAGGGGUCAAGGAACUGAAGGCGACGUAG